AUGACUACCCCACAAGCAGACAAGGAGAAGAAGACAGGGCCCCCUCGGCGUGCUCUCAUUGCCGUCACUUCGGCCCAUGCGCCUCUCUAUCCCGAUGGAAAGGAGACAGGACUCUUUAUCACCGAGGCACUGCAUCCUUUCAACGUCUUCAAGGAGGCCGGGUUUGAGGUCGAUCUGGUGUCGGAGACGGGCAGCUAUCAGGCUGACUGGUUAUCUCAGCAGAAGGACUGGCUGCCGGACGAGGACCGGAAGGUCUGGGAGGAUAGAAACAGCGAGUUCAGAAAGAAGCUCGACGCAGGGCUGAGGCCGGGGGAUUUCAACCCUGACAAUUAUGGCGUCUUCUUUGCCUCGGCCGGCCAUGCCUCGUUGAUAGACUAUCCUGACGCCAAAGGCCUUCAAGCCAUGGCUGCAAAGAUGUAUGGCGACGGCUCUAUCAUCAGCGCAGUGUGCCACGGCGGCGCCAUCUUCCCAGGGGUCAUCUCCCCUCUGACCGGCAAAUCCAUCAUCAAUGGCAGGAAAGUCACAGGCUUCACGACCAAAGGUGAGGAGGAAGAAGGUGUUCUAGACACGAUCAAGUCCUGGAACCGACCCACCAUCGAAAAGGCCGCAGCCGAUAGUGGUGCCACCUAUGUGUCUCCACCAGGGCCGUGGGAUUCGUUCACGCAGACCGACGACCGCAUAGUCACAGGAGCUAAUCCGGCAUCGGCGCAUGCCACCGCUGUCGCGUGCGUCAAGGCAUUUGAAGAAUUAACCAAGAUCCCGAGAAUGGACCAUGACUAUCCUGGGGGUGGAAAUGCUUAUCGCACAACGGAUCAGAACGCGCUAGAUCAAUAG